CGCCGUGACACGACACCGGAAGUGAAGACUUACGGAAGUAAGCUGCUGCUGGGCAGCCCUCGGAAUCAGACACCCACGAAAGCAAACUUUCAGAGGGAAAGCAUUGUGAAGUACAAGGUACCCGCAGCUCUUGGAGGUGCAUUGUAAACUGGGCCAGCAUGUGUCGCUUUGGUUGCUAGUUCAUCAUUUUUAUGGCGUCUCCAACAAGCCAGUUGGCGCUGUUUAUUUCAAAGUGCAGCACUUUAUGAUUCCCGGCCGAAGGAAGCAAAACAAUCUGACACCAUGCUGGAGUCAUACGUCACCCCACUUUUGAUGAGCUAUGUGAACCGUUAUAUCAAAAAUCUGAAGCCAUCUGACUUGCAGUUGUCCCUGUGGGGUGGAGAUGUGGUUCUAAGCAAACUUGAGCUAAAGCUGGAUGUCCUGGAACAGGAACUGAAAUUGCCUUUUAAUUUUCUAAGUGGGCAUAUACAUGAAUUACGUAUCCAUGUUCCAUGGACAAAACUUGGUUCAGAGCCAGUGGUCAUUACUAUCAACACUAUGGAGUGUAUCCUAAAGCUAAAGGAUGGAGAGCAGGAUGACCAUGAAAGCUGUGCCUCCAGCUCAACCAACCGCAGCACUACAGAGAGUGUUAAAUUAAUGGCCAAGCCACGACGUGUCCAACAGGCACACCCUGCUGACCCUGAUUUACCACCAGGCUAUGUGCAGAGUCUUAUACGUCGUGUUAUAAACAACGUUAACAUUGUAGUAAACAACCUGAUUUUAAAAUAUGUGGAAGAUGAUAUCGUUCUCUCUGUCAACAUAACAUCAGCAGAAUGCUAUACGGUUGAUGAAUUUUGGGAUCGGGCUUUCAUGGACAUCUCAGCUCCUGAUCUCGUCCUUAGGAAAGUCAUUAAUUUUUCUGAUUGCACUGUUUGCCUGGAUAAGAGGAAUGCCAGUGGGAAAAUUGAGUUCUACCAAGAUCCACUCUUGUACAAGUGCUCUUUUAGAACUCGCAUGCACUUCAGUUAUGAUAACAUCAACUCCAAGAUACCAUCUGUCAUUAAAGUUCAGGCUCUUGUUGAAAGUCUUAAGCUGUCAAUUACAGAUCAGCAGCUGCCUAUGUUUAUUCGGAUAAUGCAGCUAGCGAUCGCCCUGUAUUAUGGAGAAAUAGGUGGCCACAAAGAAGGAGAAGCUCAGGACAUGGGCACCCAUACCAAAGAAACCAUCAUUAAUAUCUCAGGGGAUGAAAGUGAAGCUACUUCUCCAGCUCAGCCUGGUGUACAGUUUCAAAACCCAGAGAUAUAUUUACAGCAGGGAGAAGAUGAUCAGCAGGGCUGGAUGUCAUGGGCAUGGUCAUUUGUCCCUGCUAUUGUUGGUACAGGAGAAGAAAAUGAAGACAAGGAAUUUUAUGAUGAGACAGAUAUUGGGCUACAACAGCGUUUUCAGAGAUCUCUGAUCCAGAAGGAUCCCAUUGUAUCAGUUGGGUUUUAUUGCACUAAAGCUUCCAUCACAUUUAAGCUCACAGAAAUGCAGACUGAAAGCAGUUAUUAUAGUCCUCAGAAAGUGAAAUCCAAAGAAGUCCUCUGUGUGGAGCAAGAGGGGAUGGCAGUGGAGGUUCUUAUGAUGGGUGAAAAAUUUUUUGACUGUCAGUUUGGUUUUGUGGGUUGUCAGGCCUUAUGCCUUAAAGGAAUUAUUGGAGUUAAAGACUUUGAAGAAAAUAUGAACCGAUGUGAAACUGAUGCUGUUUUCUUCAAAUGUGGUGAAAGCCUGAACAUUAAAGGAAUGACUUACCUCACCAAUUCCUUAUUUGAUUAUCGGAGUCCAGAGAACAAUGCAAUUCGUGCAGAAUUUAUAUUGGAUGGAACACAUCAUAAGGAAACUUACACAGAGAUAGCAGGUAUGCAGCGUUUUGGAGCGUUCUACAUGGAUUACCUAUACACAAUGGAAAAUAGCAGUGGCAAAGGCAUUGGGGUCCAGCUGGAUUAUUCUUUAAUUAACAAAGAUGACGAUCAAUCUGUCAUUCAAGAGACGUCUGUCAAGCGACUUGUUGUUGGACUUAUGGAUCUCCGGCUUGAUAGCAGUGCUGUCCACAGAAUAUUAAAAAUGGUAGCCUGCGGUCUGGAACAUGAAUAUGAACCAUACAGUAGAGCUAAGUCAGAUACUGUGGAUGAAAACAGGAUACUACCAAGUGUCGAAGAUGUGGCUGCCCUGGAGGAAUUCAUUCCAUCUCGGCUUACUUCUGUCACAAUUUUGAAAAUGUCCAUUACUAUUCCAGUGGCCGAGUUCAACUUGCUGGAUUGCCUUUUACCUGUAAUUAUGGGCGAGAAGAAAUCUUCACUUCCUGUUAACGCUUCUCCUUUCCAACCCAUACGACCUUUGCCUGCCCUGCAAAUACAGGUUGACAAGGUCAACGUGGAGCAUUCAGUGCCAAUGUAUGCAGAUGAUCUUGUCAGUACUGUCAGCAACCUUAGCCAGCCAUCUGAUAAUCUUCUUCAUCACUGUUACGCACACUGUUACCUUAAGGUAUUCGGUUUCCAGGCUGGCAUAACUUCUUUGGAUAGUGUCGGGUCAUUUCUUCCAUUAGCUGUAGUGGUUCCAUCUUUCAGCACUGCUCUUUAUGGGAAACUAUUAAGACUGCCAAUGUACUGGUCUAAGAGGCCUUUUGUUCCCAUUACAGAAUACAUUUUUGAACUCCCAUACUUUACAAUACAGGCCACCAGGGCUCAGACACUUCUAUUGCAAGCAAUUUGCCAGAGUUGGACUCAUAAUGUGGGUAGUGGGACACCUCCAGGAAUAAAUGAAGCUUUGCUAAGUGAAGUUUAUAAAGCACCAGGUGUGAAAUCUCAGAAUCUACUGCCAACUCUCGAGGGUUCCAUCCAGAACGUGGAAUUGAAGUACUGCAGCAAAUCUUUGGUAAAAUGUGCAUCUGGGACUGUGGGAUCAAUAAAAGUAUGUGCCAAAGCCCCAGGAGCAAGUGAAAGUGUGAAGGAAAAAUUAAUUCCUAUAAUCCAAGGUCCUUCUGAUACUAAAGACCUGUAUAUGAGCAAGUGGCUUAAUGAAAGCAGAAAACCUGAAUCUCUUCUUGCUCCAGACUUAAUUGCCUUCACUGUACAAGUCCCACAGCAGAUGGAAGACUGUCAUAAUUCAGGUGCUGUGUUGCUGGCUAGCAUUCAGGGAUUCUCCAUCAAUGUGGACCCAGUCUUCUACAUGUGGUUGCUUCACCAGCCUCAGAGGAACAGCAGCAGACACACUACACAGCCCUCUGCAACAGCUCCUCUUGCAGUACCCAUCAGCAAGAAAAAAGAGGAUGAAGCCUCUGUUGGAAGUACACCAUUAGCAAAACAGCUGUCAAAUCAAGCCUCCGAAUACGCCAGCAGCCCUGUAAAAACUAAAACAGCAACAGAAUCACGUCCAUUGUCAGUUCCAAUGAAAGUCAUUCAGAAUACACCAGAGAUUUAUGUGAGCCCUGAAGAAAAAAUGAAGGAGUUGAUUGGCGUGCUGUGGAAUGCUGUUAAAAGACUUACUUUGCAGCUUGAAGUUCAGUCCUGCUGUAUUUUCCUGCCAAGCGACACUCUGCCUUCUCCUAGCACCAUUGUGUCAGGGGAUAUUCCUGGGACUGUUCGCAGCUGGUACCAUAACCAGUCAAGAAUGCCAGCAACACUUGUCGUGUGCCUUCCCCAAAUUAAAGUUAUGAGUGCAGGACACAAGCACAUGGAACCACUGCAGGAAAUACCCUUUGUUGCAUCUCGACCUGUUCUUGAAGAAGGAGAUGCUUUCCCAUGGACAAUAAGCCUCAGUCAGUUCAGCGUGUAUACACUUCUUGGCCAACAGAAGUCAUUCAGCCUUUUGGAGCCUGUAGGCUGCACUUCAACUCUGGCGGUCACAUCACAUAAACUGCAGGCCCCAGGCACUGAAUGCAGACAUUCAUUUGUUGUGUGUCUGCAUGUGGACCUGGAAUCACUUGAGAUUAAAUGCUCAAACCCUCAGGUCCAGUUGCUAUAUGAACUUCUUCAUAGUAUAAAUACAACAUGGAAUAAAAUCCAGAAGAGGGGAAUUCUUCGUCAGUCAUCUAAUUACCAUGAAGUGACUGUAGGUGCGACUCCAAGUUCACCAGUCAGAAGUAGCUUUGGAACUGCACUUCCAGACACAAGCACUUGCAGCCCAUCCGCAGAUUUAGGUAGUCCAACUGAGGGCUAUUCCAUGCAAACUGGCGAUGAUUCUCCUUUCUCUGAUACAGCAACCUUGGAGCAAAAAACAAGUAACAUUGGAGGAUCAAGCGGGCGUGUUAGUUUGUGGAUGCAGUGGAUGCUGCCAAAGGUCACAGUGAAGCUUUUUGGGCCGGUUCCAGGACUAAAGGGAACUGAAGUCUGCAUAAUAAGCGAACUUGAAGAUCUCAGUGCAUCUGUGGAUAUGCAAGAUGUCUACACAAAGGUCAAAUGUAAAGCUGGUAGCUUCAACAUUGAUCACUACAGAAGCAGCCUUGAAGAAGGCCAUCGGUCUCGGGGGCGUUUUGGAGGUGUCCUGCUUUCUUGUACUGACAAGCUGAACAGACGCACCUUGUUGGUCCGACCCACGAGCAAGCAAGACCCUUUCAGUCAUUUCUCUGGCUUUUUCCCUCCUCAGACUGCUGCCAAAGUUUUAGAAGUGUCUCCCCAACAACACGGAUUCCUUUCAGUCACAUACACCAAAGCGGUGACAAAAAAUGUGAGACACAAGCUGACAUCUAAGCAUGAGAAGAGCUCUCGAAGUCUGCAAAGACUCUCUGAAGGUCUGCUAGACUCCUCCCCUCAGUUCCUGCAUGAGAUUCUACUCACUACUCAGCCCUUUGAUGUGGUCCUCUCCUGCCCACUUCUGGCCACUGUUGUCAACAUUCUUCAGGUCGAGUUACCAAAGAGGGGUAAAGACAAAGGCAAGUCUGCCGGACAACCUAUGAGGAAUCACACCUUGACAUCACGCAGCCUUCCCCUCAUUUACAUCAAUACCAGUGUGAUCCGCAUCUUUCUGCCCAAUGUGGAAGAGGCACAACAUGAAACAGCUGUAGGAUUCCUGAAAAAAGAAGACACCCUUGUCCUGAAGCUGGGCUCUUUAAGCAUGGCACCUCAAGCGGACAACCCUCUAACCAGGACAGCACUGAGAAAAGACAUCUAUCAAAGAGCUGUAAAUCUUGGAAUAUUAAGAGACCCGGGUUCAGAAGUGGAAGAUCGGCAGUAUCAAAUUGACCUGCAGUCCAUUAAUAUUGGAACAGCACAUUGGGAUCAGCUGAAACCAGAAAAAGAGGGUGUGAAAGGAGGCACACUUGUGGAGGGCGAGAGAAAUUCUCAAAAUCCAGCCCUUGAAUGGAACAUGGCAAGCAGCAUCAGGCGUCAUCAAGAACGAAGAGCCAUUCUAACUCCCAUCCUCACAGAUUUCUCUGUACGUGUAACUGCAGCUCCAGCUAUUAUCUUCACAAAGCAGGUGUCUUCAGAUAAUUCCCAGACUGAGGAGAUUGUAGUGUGUGGCCAUUCUCUGGAAAUGAAUGUGACCACAAGCCUUGACUUCUUCCUCAGCGUCGAUCAAGUACAGCUUCUGCAGCAACUCGUCACGGCCAACAUGGUGGGCCUUGAACCUUCCAGGAAGACUGCUGAGGUUUCCAUGCAAGAGCAAAAGAAAAGUGCUGCAAGCAAGAGUGGUUCAGCAGAGGCUUCUUCACGGCACAGCGGGGCUCAAGACAGUGGAUUUGGGAGCGAUAGCGCAUGGAUCCGUAUUGUUCAGAUUGAGCAGAUGAGUGGCGCCAGUCACCAUCGAAUUGCACGCCCCUUGCACAAGUCUUCCAUAGUGAAAAACCUUAACUUCAUUCCCUUUGACAUCUUUGUGACGGCAAGCCGCAUUUCACUCAUGACAUAUUCAAGCAAGUUAGUGUCCAAACUUGGCAGUGGCACUCAGGAACAGACUGAGUGUGAGAGAGUGGGGAAAAGUGCAUUGAACGAACCUGAAUCUGACAGGGACUCAGCAUCUAGCCAGAUGGACAGUAUUGCUCUGCUGACUGCUGAAGAGCUCUUAGGUGGCAAUGUGGUGACACCCCCAGAGCUUGUGCAUACCCCCAGCAGGUCAUCUGCCCGUCAAGCCCUAGGUGUCACAAUAGUAAGGCAGCCAGGCCCGAGGCCCCAGUGACAUCCAGCUAGAGCCUCUUCUGCAUCUGACAGUAUCCCAGCCAUCUUUCCUGCUUAGCUGUCACCACCGAAAGCAGAAGCUAGAACUGUCCGUUUUCGA